GCGUACUAUAAAAGAAGCCGCCCUGGCCACCACCCCCUUGCAGUGCGUUCGGCGGUCCCGCGGAUCUGUCUCUUGCUUCAACAGUGUUUGGACGGAACAGACCCAGGGACUCCCUCUCUUCCAGCCUCCCACUGCCCUCCGAUCUCCUCUGUACUUGCAACCUCCGUGACCACCUUCUCGGCCACCUCCUGUUUCUGGGACCAGCGACCACCGUUUUUGCAGUUAGCUCCUUUUUGCCGACCAACCAUGAGCUCCCAGGUUCGCCAGAAUUAUUCCACCGAGGUUGAGGCAGCCGUCAACCGCCUGGUCAAUUUGCAUCUGCGGGCCUCUUACACCUACCUCUCUCUGGGCUUCUAUUUCGACCGCGACGAUGUGGCUCUGGAAGGCGUGGGCCACUUCUUCCGCGAAUUGGCGGAGGAGAAACACGAGGGCGCCGAGCGUCUCUUGAAGUUACAAAACCAGCGUGGCGGCCGCGCCCUCUUCCAGGAUAUCCAGCCCUCUCAAGAUGAGUGGGGUAAAACCCUGGAUGCUAUGGAAGCCGCCAUGGCCUUAGAGAAGAGCCUGAACCAAGCCCUUUUGGACCUUCAUGCCCUGGGAUCCACAGACCCCCAUCUCUGUGACUUCCUGGAGAACCACUUCCUAGAUGAGGAGGUGAAACUCAUCAAGAAGAUGGGUGACCACCUGACCAACCUUCGCAGGCUGACCCAGCCUGAGUCUGGGCUGGGCGAGUAUCUCUUCGAAAGGCUCACCCUCAAGCACGACUAGGAGCCCAGCGACCUCUGGGGGGGCCCCUCUCAAAGUAUCAGGGCUUCUUCUGCCAGAUCCUCCCCCUCCAGCCACUGGGAGCUUUUUAACUGCCCUGGACCAAAUAAAAAUAAAAGUUUUUGCAGCAGC